CUGCGCCCAGCGCCACCCUUGUUUAAUAGUUUAACUGACAUUUUCUUUGUCACUGCUGUAUUGCUUACUUGCUGUGAUUGUAAAUUUGCUUUUGAUUAAAGACAAUAUUUACGGUACCAAGAUAUUUGUACAGAAGGGAGAAAAAGGACCGUCUGUACAUACCUUACUACAAGAAAACCUUUUAUUGCGUUCAUCAACAGUAUUCGUAAUUGUAUUAAAAAUCGAUUCACAAAAUAUGCCGUAUUAUGUUAUUGUCAGCGGUCUUCCUAAAACAGUAAAGAAGCAGAAAAUGGUGCAUUUCCUGGGUCAAUUUGUUUUCAAACGACCUCCAGUAAAAUUCUGGAUAGAAUCGCUCAGUACGGCUCCUGACUCGUCCAAUCAGAUGGUGAUUCGUUUUGAAUCACCCAAUGCUGCAGAGAAGGCUGUAGCAACCCUCCAAGACUAUCCGUUCCAGCAUACAGAUCAACAAAUAUACUUACUGAAGUGCUACAUGAAAGAUGAGCAAGCCAUACCUCAGGAAAACAAUGAUUAUGAGGAGAAGAGGCAAUGGCCUGUGGAACACCAAAGAGCUUACUCCCCAGUGAGGUCACGAAGUCCUCAUAUCAAUGAGGAACUUUCCAAAAUUGAGUUGGAGAUAGAACUGACAAAUCGAAAACGAAUGCUAGUUGAGGCGGAACAGAAACUAAUCAUGGAACAAAAACGGUUGGAAAUGCUACAAAAUGCCGGGCCAAGCACGGUCAUUUCAGAGGAGAGCGAGGUCGCGAUCAAAAUUAAAAAACAACCGACUCUAAAAAAAGAGCGUAAGCGACCCCAAGAUCAGAACAACAAAGCUGGCGAGAAUCGGGGCUGCAAAUUAUACUGGCCUUGCCGAAUCAUCGGGAAGGAGAUGAAUAACAUAAUUCGAAUUCACAUAGCUCAAGAGACACGACCGAUAUUUAAUGCCUUGUUGCGCACACAUGUAAAGCAACGCAUAUUGAACGUUUUACAAGGCAUGGUGGUAUUUAACACGAAAAGAAUCAUAGCAAUGUACAGACAAGUUUAUCCUAUGUACACAGAUGAAAAAUUCGUUUUAACUCUUAGAGAUAUGAUUAGGCAAGGCCAGUUGCCCGACGAGCUGCUGCAGCAAUCUAAACAAAUUGGCCAGCAGUAUACAGACUCUGUUAAUUCUGACAUGACUAGCUCCCAAGUCAGCAGCAGUAACGUCGACCCUCUAGAUUUACCCAUUCACGAACUGAGCCAUGAUUUAGACGAUUGGACAGAAGACUGCGAUGUUAAAUAAUAAAAAAAGCCAGAGGGAAGCACACAAUAACAUAAGUUUUUAUUAUUAUGUUUAAGACCUUUAUUUAAAGGUAAUGUUUUAGCAUAUCUUUAGAAUUACGUUGAACUAAAAUAUCUUAAUAUAUAAAAGGAAAACAUAUUUAGAAUAAAUA